GCGCUUUUGCGGAAGCCGGCGGCGUCCGGUCCAGCCUCCUCCGGGAGCAAGCAGUUGGCGACCCCGCGCUAACCCGCGCAACUCUUUCCCGAUCCCCGAGUUCUCACACGGUGUCCGGACAGAUCGAAGCCAUGGCCAUUCUUUUUGCUGUUGUUGCCAGAGGAACCACUAUCCUUGCCAAACAUGCUUGGUGUGGAGGCAACUUCCUGGAGGUGACAGAGCAGAUUCUGGCUAAGAUACCUUCUGAAAAUAACAAGCUAACGUACUCACACGGCAAUUAUUUGUUUCAUUACAUCUGCCAAGACAGGAUUGUAUAUCUUUGUAUCACUGAUGAUGAUUUUGAGCGUUCCCGAGCCUUUAAUUUUCUGAAUGAGAUAAAAAAGAGGUUCCAGACUACGUAUGGUUCAAGAGCACAAACAGCACUCCCAUAUGCCAUGAAUAGUGAGUUCUCAAGCGUCUUGGCUGCACAGCUGAAGCAUCACUCCGAGAAUAAAGGCCUAGAUAAAGUGAUGGAGACUCAAGCCCAAGUGGAUGAACUUAAAGGAAUCAUGGUCAGAAACAUAGUCUGUCACCUUCAAAACAACCAGCAGAAAUCUUGCCCGAGCCAUGUGUAUGAAGAAUCUCAAGCUCACAAUCAUCAUCAUCAUCAUAUCAGUCGUAUUCAUCUAUAUUAUUGUGUCACCACUCUGUGGUGGAUUUACAUGGCCAAGCUGUGUGAAGAAAUAAAAAAGUUAUCAUUAACCAAGGAUACGAGAGAACAAGGAGUUAAAAGCAAUCCGUGUGAUUCAAGCCUUUUAAUACUGACAGAUGGUGUCUGCCAGUCUCUUCAACCCUCUUCUUUCUCUCUUUUUUUUUAAUAUUCUUCUAUGCCUCCAGAUUUAUCAUUGUCCUAUCAACCAAUUUAUUCCAGUGCACUUCAGACUGAACCAUUUAUUGCAGCAGUAGCCUUAAAAAGGCAUUUUGUUUCUUUGGUUUGUUAACUAGUGUCAUCUACUUAUAGAUACAUUUUUGUUUAUAACUGCACAAAGCUAUCACCAAGGUAGAAACCACCUGUCUUAUGAGCUGUCUACUGAAAUUAUGGAUGACCUUUGUGCACACAAAAGUUCAAGAGACAGAUAGUAUUGCUAACAUCUUGUCUUAAUGUCUUUUGAUUUUGAAGGGUUUUAAGUGCUUGAAAAUAAAAUACAUGGAAAAUUGUUGUUAUUUGGGGAAUUGUAAUUAAUUGUUGGUAUUUCUAGGAGCCCAAGCAGGUAAAGUAUUAAACAUUUUAUCUCAGUCAGAUGGGGAACGUUUUGCUAGCCUGUUAGAAGCAACAGAAUUAUCCUUGUCUGCCUAUUAUUAACUUUUAGGAAGAAAGUUUUGAUCAUUCACAAACCUCGCAGAGCUUGAUAUCCUCUGUUUCCCCAUUGCAGUUGAUUUGAGAAGACGGUGGUUUAAAUAUUGUUGAAGGUUGUGGUUUUUUACAUAUUCCUUUUUCUUUGGUGGCUAUUUAGGGCAAUUGUAUAGAUAAUAGAAUGGGUAGUGGAGGGAGUGGGGAGACACAUUCCUCUGGCUCACCAAAGAAAAAGAAGAGAACCACAGUGGAAAAGCCCAAACUGAAUAUAGUCAGCAAUCAACUCCAGGGUUUGGGUUUGACUGGUGUUGAAUAGUAGUUUGAGCAUCCUUUGUGGUUAAUAAGUUCUUUAAUCUACCUAGUUUUGAAGAAUUCUUUUGGGAAACUUGAGAGUAGACAGUAUGAUACAUAGAAACAGUACAAGACAUUUUAGCUAACAUCCAUGUAACUGCAGUGUGAAAAAAACUGGAGUGUAAUCAUACUGCUUUGGCUACUCUGGCAUCUGUUAGCUAGUGUGUACUUUUGGUGUGUAUCUGAAAGGACAGCAUUUGCUGCCCUAGAUCUAACUGCAUUUAUUUAUCAAUAAAUGCCAGUAAAUGGAAAUUAUAUUACAUUUGACUAUUUUCCCAAUGAAAGAACAAAUUGGUCUGUAAAACCUAGUCACCUGUUUAGCCUCAUCAUGUGCCUUGAAUAUUUGUGUGUCACAUAAUCUGGCACCUGCUACCUGUUCUUCCAUCUAUACCUUUCAAUUCAUGCUGAUUCAUUUAUUUGACAUAUUUUCAACUCCCUGGAACUCUUUUCCUGGUGAUCAUGUAUAGUGCAAAUGUUUUUUCAGUCCUCUUUAUCAACACUAAUGCCUUUUAAUUACAUCAGCAUUUCCUAUUGGAAAACACAUUUGUUCCAUGAAAACAUUUGGCAUUCCUUAAUAAUAAUUUCCAAAUGUCUUUAAUCCAAAGAAAAAGACUUAAAGCUUAUUUCCCUUUCUUAUACACACCUGAAUAAAAAUGAUGUGCAUGUUUUAGGGAUAAAUUACUUAACCAUCCCUUGAUCUAUUUAUGUAUAAGAAUGCUUUUUAAAGCACAUAUCUUGUUUUAAAUGAUGCACAAACU